AUGUGUAUUGAUGUUCUCAUUGAUACAGUGAACUUAUCUAUCUCCGGAACUAGGUUACUGGACACUAUCACCGAGCUAAACAGCCCCAUUGAGAACCGAGAAGCAGAGCAGCAGGGCGCAUUUUUAAACAUGGAGGAUCGUCAAGGGCAGUCGCAGCCAUCCGAGGUCUAUUUGCCCGGUGCAGAAAACCGGCGCAAUUCUAUGAGAAGCAGCUAUAGCAUUGUAUCCGAGGUUGAAAUGGCUCGUAGUGAGGUUUAUGAUGGUCCAAUAUCAGAGAGUAUACCAUCAAGCAUUGUCUCAUUCUCUCACCGUCGAGAUCGGAAAGACUCUACCACCAGCUUUACAUAUUUCCACGACGAUGAGGAUCACACAUUGUGGCCACCGGAGGACGCAUUGGAUGUCGAGAGCGACAUGGACGAGGUGUCCGUGACUGGCCUAAAUGAUACAAAUGAAUCGAUACGGUCCUCUAAGCGCCAAUCUUAUUCAAGAGGCUCUGUUGAGGACCCCCUGCUACGGCGGUCAUUCUCUGUUGCCUCGUACGCGCAAAAUUGGACAGGCGAAAAUAUAAUAAGCCAGAAAGUCCACAUCGUCUCAGAAGAUCUUACCAUUGUGAUUGCGGGGUUUUCGACAAGCAUCACUGGUCUUGUACUCUAUUACAUGUUGUGUGCAUUGUCAUUCGGCUUCGCUUACCUGUUGUUUCGAUGGUUUCCAAAAUGGCGCGUUCGCCUGUUAGGUAAACCAGCCCCUCUUUGUGCUUCUGAAUGGGUUGCGAUUGAGGAUCAAUGGAAUCGAUUUCAAGUACAACAAGUCGACAGUCAAGAUUACGGGCGCCCCUUGUCUACGAUUUUUGCCGAUCCUGACUGCCAUUCAUACGACGAAGAUAAUGACCCCACCAUUGCCAAAUUGAGACGUAUUGAUUACAGAUAUCUUCGCUUCUUCUACAAUCCACUCGAGGACAAAUUCUGCCUGGUAAAUGGGUGGAAAGAUCCCCUAUGGACAAAUGUGAAGGGAAUGAGACUCGGGCUGGAUGCCGAUGAUCGUGACGAUCGCGAACAAAUAUUUGGAAAAAAUCUCAUUGACAUUCAGCAGAAGCCUGCAUUUAAACUGCUUAUGGAUGAGGCUUUUCACCCAUUCUAUAUCUUCCAGCUAGCAAGCCUUGUACUUUGGUCGCUCGAUGAAUAUUACUAUUAUGCUGUAUGCAUAUUUCUCAUUUCACUCAUCAGCAUUGGUGCUACUGUCAUUGAAACAAAAUCGACAAUGAAUCGUUUGAGAGAGCUCUCACUAUUUGAAUGCGACACCCGUGUUCUUCGCAAUGGAUUCUGGAGAUCUAUUCCAUCUCGAGAGCUUGUCCCAGGCGAUGUCUACGAAUUCUCAGAUCCGUCCCUCACGCAAGUCCCAUGUGACUGUAUACUGUUGUCUGGUGACUGCAUAGUCAACGAAAGCAUGCUGACAGGUGAAUCUGUUCCAGUCACUAAACUUCCUCUUACGGACGAUGCACUGAAGUAUCUAAACCUAACUGGCCCUUCUAUCAAUCCCAACCUUGCAAAGCACUUUCUUUUUAGCGGUACAAAGGUAAUAAGGGCACGGCGCCCACAGAAUGUCGAUGAUGAUGAAGCUAUAGCGCUAGCAGUUGUUGUGAGGACCGGUUUUCUCACAACUAAAGGCGCCCUUAUCCGGUCGAUGCUCUUUCCUAAGCCCUCAGGCUUCAAAUUUUAUCGGGAUUCAUUCCGGUAUAUUUCAGUUAUGGGAAUUAUCGCUAUUCUAGGGUUCAUUGCUUCUUUUGUGAACUUCGUCCGCUUAGGAGUAAGAAAAUCCCAUUCUACUACCAGACUCAUCCUUGCUAACACAGACAAGCUUCCUUGGCAAUUCAUUAUUGUCCGAGCACUGGAUCUAAUCACAAUUGUCGUGCCUCCGGCGCUACCCGCUACAUUGAGUAUAGGAACAAAUUUUGCUCUUUCUAGACUGAAGAAUCAUAAAAUAUUCUGCAUCAGUCCGCAGAGGGUCAAUAUGGGCGGAAAGCUAGAUAUAAUCUGUUUUGAUAAAACUGGAACCCUCACUGAGGACGGACUAGACGUACUCGGGAUUCGGGUCGCCGACAACAAUGCGAGUUUCUCCGGUCUGAUCUCUACCAUUUAUUUCGACAACGCAUUCUUGGCGGACAGAACUGCUAUACAGAGGACAAGUCGUUACGAUAAUAUUCUCUACACCAUGGCAACAUGUCACUCUCUGAGAGUGGUUGAUGGUGAAUUAUUGGGCGAUCCUCUCGACGUCAAAAUGUUUCAGUUCACUGGAUGGUCUUAUAAAGAGGGAGGAAGUCAUGUCGAGCAAUCGGACUCUGAGAGAAUCAUGCCAUCUAUCGCAAAACCUCCAGAGCCCACUGGCACCCUUGCUACCCCCCCCCAGGAGCAGGGCCCACAUGCACAUGUAGAGCUUGGCAUAUUACGCAACUUUGAAUUUGUCUCAGAGUUACGUCGUGCAAGUGUCAUUGUACGCCAAUUUGGUGAUUCUGGAGCAAGCACUUUUGUCAAAGGUGCUCCAGAAAGUGUUAAGGCUAUAUGUCUCCCAGGAAGCUUGCCCCGUGAUUAUGACGAGCUUUUGAGUUACUAUACACACAAAGGAUAUCGCGUUAUUGCCUGCGCUGCCAAGCAUGCGACAAAGCUAAGCUGGAUGAAGAUUCAGAAAAUGACUCGUCAUGAUGCUGAAUGUGAUCUUGAAUUUCUCGGGUUCAUUAUAUUUGAGAAUAAGCUCAAGCCAAAGACUGCGGGGACUAUUACUGAACUUAAUCAAGCAGGCAUACGCAACGUCAUGUGUACAGGUGAUAACAUACUCACGGCAGUUAGUGUUGCUCGUGAGUGCGGGUUGAUCAGGAACAACGAACAUUGUUUUGUUCCUCAUUUUUCGCAAGGGUAUGGGCACGAUUCGGGUGCUUCGCUUUGUUGGGAAAGCGUAGAUGACCCAGCAAUCAGGCUUGACCCGACAACACUUAUGCCCCAUUUAAAUGCAGCAAGCAUUGACCUUUCCGUGCCUGGCAAUGUUUCCAACCUAAAUAAUUACUCUCUUGCUGUCAGUGGCGAAGUCUUCCGAUGGGCAAUUGACUUCGGCAGCGAAACAAUUCUGAACAGAAUGCUCGUGCGUGGCAGCGUGUUCGCAAGAAUGUCGCCAGACGAGAAGCAUGAACUCGUUGAAAAGCUGCAGUCCCUCGACUACUGUUGUGGAUUCUGUGGCGACGGAGCGAAUGAUUGCGGUGCAUUGAAAGCUGCUGACGUCGGUAUUUCAUUAUCCGAUGCUGAAGCCUCUGUUGCUGCCCCGUUCACCAGUCGCCAAUUCGAUAUCUCAUGUGUACCCACGCUUAUUAGGGAAGGAAGAGGCUCCUUGGUAACGAGCUUCUGUUGCUUCAAGUACAUGAGUCUUUACUCGGCCAUACAGUUUGCGACUCAUAAGUUCCUCUUCAUUGAUUUAUUUCUGAUCCUACCGAUUGCGAUCUUCAUGGGAUGGACUGACCCCCAUCCUAUACUUUCUCGCAAGCGGCCCACCGCCGACCUCGUCUCACGCAAAGUUCUGAUUCCAUUGCUCGGUCAGAUUACCCUUUGUGUAGCUACGCAGCUUGUGGCAUACAAAUAUGUCCAGCUGCAACCCUGGAGAUUUGCUGAUCCACUUCCCAGGUUCAAACCUCCCCGCGCAGGCUUAGAGGAUAACAUCGAGAAUUCUGCAAAUACUGUACUUUUCCUGGUCUCUAGCUUCCAAUACAUAUUGUCGAGCGUCGUGCUCAGCACCGGACCGCCAUUUCGCAAGCCGAUGAUCUCAAACACACCAUACCUGAUCAUGGUCCUAGCGGCUCUAUUCUUUUCAUGCUACAUGCUUUUCCGACCAACUCAGUGGCUCAGACGUGCCAUGCAGUUGACGUCUCUCCCAGACCUCUUUGCUUUGCAAUUGCUCGCAAUUGUUGCCGGAAGCUUCUUAAUUGCUUGGAUGGCAGAAAGAAGAAUUUUUCCCAACCUUGCUCGCAAGGUGGGGAGAUUACGUCGAAAACUACGACCAGGUCAGUCGAAGAAACGCCGUCGAUAUAAGAUGCUACUCGAGGAAAUGCAAAAUUAG